AAACCGAGGUAUCUGGAUCCAUCUCCGCAUUUUGAAAUCCUCUACUUUCUUUUUGAUAGUUUAAAAAAGUUAAAAACGAAAUUGAAGUUGAUAUCACUAGAAACGUCUUGUUUUCUUCUUUUCAUCUCUCGAUUCUCGACCUCUAUUUAUUAUUAUUCGAACUUAUAGUAGUAUACAAGUAGAAUUUAAUUCAUUGUUUUGUUUUCAAUUACUAACUAAGAUGACGAUACAAAACCCGGAGAUCAUUUUAUAUCAUUACAGAUCCUCGCCAUUUGCUAAGAGGUGUGUUCACUGUUCAUAUUUCUGCUUUGACGGCCUUGGGAACUUGUGUUAAUAUUCGAAUAGAAUUGUAUGGUAUUUGAACCUUCGUGGAAUUCCAUAUGCAGAAUGUGUAAGUCUUCCAUCGUGUAUCUACUCAAGUCAUGAGAAUCAUUAGAGGAAUGACGUUAAUACUCGAUAAUAGCUUCAAGGCAUGAUCAUGCCCAGGCCUGAUAUUGAAGCUUUAGGUACCAAGUAUCGUCGUAUACCUAUCGUCGUCAUUGGUCGUAACAUAUACAAUGAUACACGAUUGAUUCUUAAAAAGCUUGAGAAGCUCUAUCCCGAUCAUCCCCAAAUAUCAGCGUCGUCAACUUCUUCACCCGAUCAAAUGGCGAUUGAAAAACUUCUUGAAUUUUGGACUGUUGAUGGUUUGUUCUCACGAGCAGCACAGUUGAUACCAACGAAUUUACCAUUGAUGAAUGAUCCCAAGUUCACUUCCGAUCGAGAGAAUUAUACUGGCAGGAGCUGGAAGAAAGAUAGUCUUGCUAGAGGAAGACCUGAAGCUCUGGCUGCUUUGAAAGGAGCUUUUGAAUUCAUGGAAAAUACCUUCUUUUCAGACGAUCGAGAUUGGAUACUUAAAACUUCAAAUCCAACGUUAUCGGAUAUUGAAGGUAUGACGACAUGAAGACAUUGUCAUGAUAGUCCCAUGCUAACUAUGAAGUACAGCUAUUUGGCCAUUCCAUUGGUUGAGCACAAUACCUGGUGCAUUACCAGAAGACUAUAUUUCAGGCCAACAAUUCCCUAAAACGUUUGCAUGGAUAGCGAGGUUCGAUAAGGUAACUCGAUUAGCUGCAGAGAAGGUUCCAAAAGCUAGAAGGCUCCUAGGAUCCGAAGCGAUAAAAAUAGUGUCGACAUCGGACUUUGUGGAGAUGGAUGAGAUAGUGGAUGCUCUAGAUCCUACCGGACUUCAAAAGGGACAGGAAGUUGAAGUCUGGCCAAUUGAUACUGGAAUGAACAAUAGGGAUAAGGGGAUGUUAGUAGGACUUUCAUCUCAAGAGAUUAUCAUAGAAUCUCAAACGAAAGAUGGAGUGAAGGUUAAAAUUCAUACUCCUCGUCACGGGUUUAGGAUUAGGGGCAUUAGUAAGGGUGGUGGUGGAGGAGGAAAUGCAGCGAAACUUUGAUGCCCCACAAUUGAAUUGGAUACGGGUACUUGGGAUUUUAUUCGGAGAUCGGAGGUUGGUCCGGCUAAGUUAAUUAUAGUAUAGUACGGUACGGUACUACUCAGGAGGGGAAGAAAGUGCAACUCUGGCAUCAAAAUGAAGGUCGUUGGGAGAUGAAAAGGCAAAUUCGCGAUUUGUGGGAUGGAUGAUACAAGCAUGGACAUGAAGUAGAUUACCCAACCUUAUUCGAUUGGACGACAUCCAGUAAGCAAGUCAGUUUUCUCAUUGUAUUUACAGGACCUCUGUACUCAAUUCUGCGCCUACGCCUCGAAUAUUGGAUUCUGCGUUCGAAAUGGCAUACCGUACUUAGCCCCGACUUGCUUGCCACACGAAGAUAUAGGAGGAAGAGGCACUCAACACAGAACACAGCACCAAUUAAAUUUACUAGGUAGACUGAACUGAUAUCUGCGAAAUGGGUAAACUGUGUAUCAAUAGAGACCGACAUCAACAAAUGUGGAAUACAUAAAGACCAAAGAAAAGCAAAGGGAUGCCAGACUCUCGAGAGAUUGACUCGAA